ACUCCUGCAAAAAACCUAAACCAAAAAAACCCGGCAACCAAAAAUGGCGUCGGUGGCAGGAGCAGCAGCAGCGCUAGCUUCUCUCUCCUCCUCCCUCCUCUCCAAACCCUCCCUCUCUCUCAUCCCCAUCCGCACACUCCCCCGCCUCACCUGCUCCCUCGCCACUUCCUCCUCUUCUCAGGAGUUCAACAUCACAUUCGCGCCACCGAAGCCCAAGCCCAAACCCGACUCCGCCGAGCUCGACCAGGAUGCCCUCGCCGGGCAGCUCAUCAUCCCCUGGAUCGUCCGCGGCGAGGACGGCAACCUCAAGCUCCAGUCGCACCCUCCCGCGCGUUUCCUCCAGGCCAUCGAGACCAAGAGUAAGAGUGCCAAGAAGAAGAAGGAGGGCACCGAGAAGCGCGUGCCCACGGCCGAGCCCAAGUACUCGAAAGCCGCCCGGAGGUUCUACAACGAGAAUUUCAGAGACGCCGAGCAGCGGCUCAGCAAGGUUCUCGCUGCCGCCGGAGUGGCAUCGAGGAGGAGCAGUGAGCAGCUUAUCUUUGAUGGGAAGGUCACUGUGAAUGGUUCUGUGUGCAAUACUCCUCAAACUAAAGUUGAUCCUGGAAGGGAUAUUAUAUAUGUCAACGGAAAUCGGAUUCCGAAGAGACUGCCUCCAAAGGUUUAUCUUGCCCUUAACAAGCCAAAAGGGUACAUUUGCGCAUCUGGGGAGAAUAAAUCUGUGUUGGGUCUAUUUGAAGAUUAUUUGAAGACUUGGGAUAAGAGAAAUUCAGGAGUACCCAGACCACGACUAUUUACUGUUGGCCGUCUUGAUGUUGCCACAACUGGGUUGAUCAUUGUGACCAAUGAUGGAGAUUUUGCUCAGAAGAUAUCACAUCCGUCUUCAAACUUGUCAAAGGAAUACAUUGCAGCAAUAGAAGGUGUAGUUAGUAAGCGGCACCUGUUAGCCAUCAGUGAGGGAACAAGCAUCGAUGGUGUCCAUUGCACCCCAGAUUCUGUGGAAUUACUGCCACAACAACCAGAUAUGCCAAGACCCCGUUUGCGUAUUGUGGUUCAUGAAGGGAGGAACCAUGAAGUACGAGAACUUGUUAAAAAUGCUGGACUUGAGAUACAUUCACUAAAGCGUGUACGUAUAGGUGGCUUCAGACUUCCGUCAGAUCUUGGGCUUGGAAAGCACAUGGACUUAAAACAAGGGGAUCUUGGCGCCUUGGGUUGGAAAAGUUAGGAAGGUUGCUGUGACUUCUGGCAUUAGCAUUCCCUCGGUUUUACCAUAAGCUAAUACAAUCAUCAAAGUGCUGUUAAAAACUCCACCAACAUCUUGCCAAGUCGAGCUGCUGAAUUGCAUCCCCUACCCCAUUUUUUCAGGCAGUAUUUGGAUGUUCUGGCUGGGAAUGCCUCGGCUGAUGAUGGAAUACAACUAUACAAGCCAUGGUUAAUGCCGGUCGAGCUCAAGCGUAACAAUUUCUGUGCCGCAUAGCGUAAUUCAGACGUCGCACGCGAUUAACGAAAACCUCUAAACCAAAACCGGGUCUUAUUAAGAUCCUAUGGUUGUUUUGUUUCCCGUAUUCUUAAUGACCAAGGUGCAAGAUUUGGUCUUUGGGAAGCUGCUGCAGUUUUGGCCAUUUCUAAUUUGCAAGAAAUAAGCAAACAUUUCCAGGUUGGAUGAGCGGUA